ACAAAGAGCCACAAUAAAUACUCGGAUGAACAUUCGCUCUGCAAUGCAGUAGGCUAGUAUCAUAGCCGAGCGAAGAUCACACAGAGAAUUUAAAAACAAGUCAAUUUCUGAUCAAUAGAGCGACAUCAUGUUGCUUCUCGCUCUCUUUAUCACGACAGCUGUGGCCACCCCGCUGUUGGGGACGGAGCAGUGCGCCCGCGGCCCCCCCUACUGGUGCCAGAACGUCAAGACGGCCUCCCUCUGCGGUGCCGUGUCCCACUGCCAGCAGAACGUGUGGAACCAGCCCCAGAUGAAAUCUGUGCCUUGUGACCUGUGCAAGGAGGUGUUCACUGUUGUUGAACAGCUACUGAAGGACAAUGCUACAGAGGCCGAGAUCCUGAGCUAUAUUGAGAAAGCCUGCACCCUGAUCCCUGAUGAGCGCUUUGCUGACGAGUGCAAGGAGCUGGUGGACAGCUACUACCCCAUCAUCAUCGGCAUCAUCAAGGGCGAGCUGGAGGAUCCCAAUAUUGUCUGCGGUGCCAUGGGUCUGUGCAGCAGCAUGCAGGCCGCCCUGGCCAAGGCCCGCUCUGAGCUCCUGUCCAAUGAGAUCCCCCAGGUGGACCUGUCCCAGAGGGCCGCCCCCUUCCUGCUGAACAUCCCUCAGCUCCUCUACCCACAGGCCCCCAAGCAGGAGGCCCCCAAGCAGGAUGCCCCUAAAGAGAAUGACAACGUGUGUGAUGACUGCGUUAAGUUCCUGACCGACACCCAGCAGCAGGCCAAGACCAAUGCCACUUUUGUCAAUGCCCUCAUCGCUCAGCUCGAGAGCCAGUGUGACCUGCUUGGACCAGGCAUCUCUGACAUGUGCAAGCAGUACGUUAGCCAGUAUGCCCCUCUGGUGUUCCAGCAGCUCAUGUCUAUGCAACCCCGUGAUAUCUGUGCCCGUGCUGGCUUCUGUCAGUCCGAGGUGAAGUCCGUCCCCAUGGAGACCCUGGUGGCUGCCAAGGUGGUCAAGUCCAUCCCUGCCGUCAAGAUGAUCCCCGCCGUCAAGAUGGUCCCCGCCACCAAAGUGGAGCAGCCCGCUGCUGUCAAGGCUGGCACAAAGAUGGUGCGCGUCCGUGACUCCCCCCAGUGUGCCGUGUGUGAGUUUGUGAUGAAGGAGGUGGAGGACAUGCUGCAGGACGAGCAUACUGAGGCGGAAGUGAUUGCCACCGUGGAGAAGGUGUGCUCUGUGCUGCCCAAGACCCUGUCCGCCCAGUGCAAGGACCUGAUUGAGACCUACGGCCAGGCCAUCAUUGAGAUGCUGGUGCAGGAGGCCGACCCCCAGGCCGUGUGCGUCAUGCUGGGGCUGUGCAAACAGGCUGACCGCCUCUACAUCCCUGUGAUGGACCAGACCCGCUUCGAUAACGGAGGCUUCUGUGACGUGUGCAAAAUGGCCGUGCGCUACAUCGAUGGCAUCCUGGAGCAGAAUGCCACUGAGGCCGAGAUCGAGGAUGCCGUCAGGAAGGUCUGCAACUUCAUGCCCGAGAGUGUCCGUAGCGAGUGUGACCAGCUGGUGGAGCAGUACGAGCCUCUUCUGGUGCAGCUGCUGCUCCAGAUGUUGGACCCUGACUUCGUGUGCAUGAAAGUGGGAGCGUGCCCCGAGGGCCUCAAGCACCUGUUGGGACUGGAGCAGUGCAGCUGGGGACCUGCCUACUGGUGCAAGAACAUGCAGACUGCCACACGCUGUAAUGCGGUGGCUCACUGCAAGCGCCACGUUUGGAGCUAAAGAGGAGGACCAGCACCACUGGAACCUGGGAAAUUAAAGGAAAAUUUGUUCUAGCGCUGCUUUCCUGUUUUUAAAAACUAAAAUGAUUAUUUUUGUUUUGUUUUUUUCUUCCUUCUCUCUCUUUUUUUAUCUUAAAAAGGAGAGAUUAGAUUUGAAAUGACCACCAUGUAAUAAUAUUGGAGCUAACAUAAGCCGAAAACAGGAUGUUUUAAUGAAGGGAUGUAUACACAAGGGGAUGGGGGACGGGGCACGUUUUGCUUGGACAGGGUGACCUGAGUUUAGUUUCUUUGUUUUUAGGUUGUUUUUAUUUCUGUCAGGGACGAAACUAUUCACUGUAGAAUUGAAAUACGCUUUAGUCUCGCCGUAAUUGAUUAUUGGAUGUUUAAUGAACUAGUGAGGCUCAUGCGUACUCAUGCAACACACGUUUUUUUUUUUUUUUUUUUUGGCGUCGCUCAAAUCGUCUCCCACAAUUUGCUUAGCCUGGGCUAGGUUAGGGGAACAGGUUGUGCCUUGAUUGCAGAAGGAGGUCUGAGACCUCGGAAAGCUGAGAUCGUUUGGAAGCCCCUGGGGUAGCCCUGACCCCUCCCUUCCCUGUACCUGUCAAAAUUACAGAAAUGGAAGGACCUGCGAGGCCAGUGUUCUGGAUUUAGAUAUCUUUUGUGCUGUUUUUAUUUUUCAAGAUCAGUCUGGACCACCCCACCCCUCCUCAUCAAAAGUGAAGUUGAUCUCUUAUUUUUUUUUUGAGCACUGAUAAACAGAAGGCCGAUUGAGAGGUGGGCUUAACACUCUUGAGUGAUGAGGUUUUGUUUAGGGGUGGGCUUUGCUUGUGCGAUUGUGUGUGUGUGUGUUUGUGUGUGUGUGUGUGUGUGUCUGUAGAUGAAUGUGGAUGUGUGCAAUCCCACGUCACGUUGGCCACCAAACAGCUCAUAUAAUCAGUGUGUUUUCUGUAUUAGCUGUCUCUCUUUAGUGCACUCAAUCACUGUUGGCUUCACUUUGUUUGGUCUGAGCCAUCUGUAAAGAGAUUUUAAUUGAAUUAAUUAAAAACAACUCCAAAUCCA